AUGUGCUACAACACACUGUCGCCGCUCGAGAACCACCACUGCGCGGUCGCCUUCGAACUCGUCCACACGCCGGCCACCAACAUCUUCGUCAACUUCUGCGACAAGGAGUUCGCCACUGUGCGUCAGAACACUGUUCGGUACAUUUUGGGCACGGACAUGGCCAAGCACACGGACAUUCUGGAGGCGUUCACGGCGAAGAUGGUGGAACACUCGCUUCGUGGCGAGAACUCCGAGGACAAUCAGUCGGUGACCACCGUCGACGCGGUUAACGGCGUCACCGCUCCGAACUUCUCCCAGUUGGCAGCCAUCUUUGACGACGACGACGAAUCGCACACUCUGACAAUGGUCGUGUUGCUGAAGAUGUGCGACAUUUCGACUGAGAUUCGACCUGAUGAAGUUGCCCAGCCCUGGUUGGAUGGCCUGAUAAAUGAGCUCGCAGCCCAGGCUUUUUUUCAAUGCACUGGCCCCUUACCAACUCCGCGCGACGCGCACGUGUCGGCGGUGGCUGCUGCGGUGGUCGCUGGGUGGGAGGCGUUGUGUCCCCCCUCGUUUGUGGUCUCAUCGAGGGUUCACGGGGGAAGUCCUCUCUUACAGCUUCUGGGCCUCUACAAUUUCGAUGUAGUUUGUGUUCUUUUGCUUCGUCGCUACCUGCUCGUGCACCACUCUGCUCAGCCUGUGGAGGUGUUGAUUCUGUUGGCAGGUGAUUGGCCAUUCCACAGAUGCUGUCGUGUUGCACUGAGGUGCAUAGAUGGUGUCAAUACUGCUGCGUCAUCUGGUUCUCCAGCUUCCCUCCUCCUCCUCCUCCUCCUCCUCCUCCUCCUCCUUCUUCUUCUUCUUCUUCUGAGGCAUCCAACUCGAACCCAC